AUGCUCUCGACGGCUUCGGCGCCCUCCACCUCGCUCGCCGCCGCCUUCCGCUCCUCCCGCGCGCGCCGCCGGCGCCGCGCCCUCUGGCUGCGCCCCGUCGCCUCCGCCGCCGCGUCCGGGGUGGUGGGCGACGGAGGGGCGGAGCGGUUCGCCACCAGCAGCUCCAUCACUGACUACCUCCGCUACCGCCGCCCCGAGCUUGGCGGUGCCGGAGGAGCGGGAGGCGGAGGCGGGGAGCUGCAGACGGCGGUUGUGCGCUUCAAGAAGCGCUUCCCGUGGUCGCUCCUCCACCCUUUCCUCCACGUUGAUUUGGUUUCUACAGUCCACAUUGCCGACAAAGAAUACUUUGAUAGACUGCAGCAAGAGCUUGAAGAUUAUGAUUGUGUCCUGUAUGAAAUGGUUACAAGUCGGGAGAAUUUGAACAAUCCGAAAGGUCCAAUGGCUGCUAAGAAGAUGAAAUCUUCACGUAGAGGAUUUAGUAUUCUUGGUUUCAUACAGAAGCAAAUGGCUCGGAUCCUUUCACUGGAUUAUCAGUUAGACUGUCUUGAUUAUGGCAAUGAGAAAUGGCAGCAUGCUGACCUUGACUAUGAAACAUUCAAGCAGCUUCAGAGUGAAAGAGGUGAAAGUAUUCUCACGUUUGCGGUAGACAUGACACUGAAAUCAACCAAAGCCUUGGUGCAGCCAAGUAACAUGCCAGAUGGUCUUGACUUUUGGAGAUCGAAGUUACUAUGGGCCUCACGUGUGCUACCAAUGCCGCUUGUUGGGCUACUCGUCAUCACUGGGCUGUGUCUGCCAGUGGAAAACCAAGAUGGAUUUCCUGAGCUGGAGGCAUUGUCUAGGUUAGAUUUUGGAGCUGCACUGAAGAUUUUCUUGGCAAAGCAACUGACAUCUGAAUUCACAGCUGUGCCUACACCCGUUGAGGAGAAAUCAGUUAUCAUCGGGGAGAGGAACAGAGUUGCUACUGAGAAGAUUAAGGAAGCAAUAAACCGUGGGUACAAGAGAAUAGCAGUCCUGUAUGGUGGCGGACACAUGCCAGACCUGGGAAGACGUCUUCGAGAAGAGCUCAAUAUGGUCCCAGCCGAUGUGCAGUGGGUCACCGCAUGGUCAAUAAGAAGCCGGGAGAUAGACAGCAAAUCCCUUCCGUUCUUGAAGACAUUGGCUGAGGCUUUGGGCUGGCCUUUGAAUAGAUACGAGACGCUUGCUCUGCUCAUCUUCUCUUCAGUUCUCGCGGUGGAUCUUUGGUUCUGGGAACUCUUCUUUGGUACUGCAGUGAGUUGGGCAUCUCUAGCGGUUCCUGGAUUGACCAGCUUAGCGGUUCAUUUUGACCAGCAACCAUGA